ACGUUGUAUACGCAAUGUGUUUCCACGUGGCUUUUGAUGUGGAAUGGUUUUAUUUGAAACGGUAUCACCAGAUAUCUAAUCAUUGGUUUUUGGAGAGAUUGUAUAGAACCCUGCAUGUUGUGGUACUCAUACUGAUAUCGUAUCUUCUGCCAAAUGUCACGAGAAUGAUGGGUGUUCUUGGCAGUUUGUUCACGACCCCAGCAGUAAUGAUUUACCCAGCAAUCAUAGAGAUGAUCCUCGAUUGGGAAUAUCCAGGACUUGGUAAAUAUAGAUGGAGACUAGUGAAGUGUAUAUCAAUAGUUAUUGUCGGCUUGGUGACAGUCUUCGGAGGAACAUACUUCAAUAUCGUAGGAAUGAUAGAGGAGAUACAGUUACAAAACAGUGGAGGUUUCAGACCUAAUUAUUCUCAUCAUAAUAAUCAUGAUGAUCAGUGGAAAUCAUAUGUCUAUCUUAGGAUAGAUACUGAAGUAAAUCCAAGCAUCUAUCUAUAUAACAAUAGUGAUAUGAAUGUCAAUUUUUAUGAUACCAUGUCCAAAAAUAGCACUCAUGAGAUUCGAAAUUUUAAUGCUAGCAGUUUUUUGCCGUAUAACAAAACUUAUGAACUACCUGAACCAAUUAUACCGAGUCUUAAAAAUGUUGACUUGAAUAAUAGCGCUGUUUAUGUAAUGCCUGGUUUGAGACAUGACUUUAAUGACAUUAUAGUCAUCAAUAACAAAAACAAUACCAUAGAUGGCAGCACUACUCUUUUAAGCAAUGAUGUGUUUUAUAUAACGCCUGAAAGUACUAGCGUUAUAGUAUAUGACAAAAACACUAUUACAGAUGAAAGCAUUAUUCAUUUUAAAACUGAUAUUGUAACUAUACAAACUGAUGUUAAUAUUGACACUAGUUUGACUACAGCCACAGAUGAUAAAAUAGACAAAGAACUGUCAAAUGUAACUGACACUAUUGCAUCUGUCAUUAAAAAUGAUCAUACAUUUGUGGGAUUGACAGAAACCUAUCAAAUUUUACGACUAAGGUGA